AUGGAAAAAAUGAUGGGUGCGCGAUCACAUCGUCAAGAAUCAUUAACGGAAAUGUUACCAAAGGUUGGAAAGCCGAGAUUUUGUCUUGUAGAUGAAGGCAAGAAGUUUACACCAGAGGACGCAGCAAAGUUAUUAAAUCGUCAGCCCCUGGCAUCAUUGCAGGAACAAGAGUUACGAAAAGAAUUAAUUAAACCAUUUACAUUAGAAGAAAAAACAAAGCAACAAUUGCAGACCACUAUAGUCAUUAGAAAAGAUCCCGAAAUUACAAAUAAACGAUUUAACUUUAGAUUUAAAAACAUUGGCGAA